AUGUCCUUUGCCUCCCGCACUCUUCGCCAAGCUGCGCGUACUGCCACCCGCGUCGCAGCUAAACCCUCGACUGCGGCUCGCUCCUAUUCGUUGUUGUCCCGUGCAGCAACUGCGACGGCUUCUCGCACGGCCAUGACCCAGGCCCAAAUUCGCGGUGUCAAAACCCUAGACUUUGCUGGAACCAAAGAAGUCGUCUACGAACGAGCCGACUGGCCGCUCGCCAAACUCCAGGAUUACUUUAAGAACGACACUCUUGCGCUUAUUGGCUAUGGAUCACAGGGACACGGCCAGGGUCUCAAUGCACGCGACAACGGACUGAACGUGAUCGUUGGUGUCCGAAAGGAUGGCGAAUCAUGGAAGCAAGCAAUCGAGGAUGGUUGGGUACCGGGCGAGACUCUUUUCCCUAUUGAUGAAGCAAUUGAUCGUGGGAAAACCUUAUACUUCUCCCACGGUUUCUCGGUCGUAUACAAGGAUGACACUAAUGUCGUUCCUCCCAAGGACGUUGAUGUGAUUCUUGUUGCGCCCAAGGGCUCGGGUCGCACUGUCCGCACUUUGUUCAAGGAGGGGCGGGGUAUCAACAGCAGCAUUGCCGUUUGGCAAGAUGUGACAGGAAAAGCCAAGGAAAAGGCUAUUGCAUUAGGCAUUGCAGUUGGUAGUGGUUACCUGUACGAGACUACCUUCGAGAAGGAGGUUUACUCUGAUCUCUAUGGUGAACGUGGUGUGCUCAUGGGUGGUAUCCAGGGUAUGUUCCUUGCCCAAUACAAAGUCCUCCGACAGAACGGCCACACGCCCUCGGAAGCCUUUAACGAGACUGUCGAAGAGGCCACUCAAUCUCUUUUCCCUCUUAUCGGCCAAUACGGCAUGGACUAUAUGUACGCCGCCUGCUCCACAACGGCUCGGCGUGGCGCUCUUGACUGGGCCCCCGAGUUCGAGAAGGCAAAUCGUCCCGUUUUUGAGGCUCUGUAUGAGUCUGUACGUAAUGGUACUGAGACUCGUCGCUCUCUUGAAUUCAACGGUCGGAAGACUUACCGUGAGGACCUUGCACGUGAACUGAAGGAGAUCGACGAGCAAGAGAUCUGGCGUGCAGGGAAAACUGUCAGGUCAUUACGUCCUGAUUACAAGGGUCCGGCGCCAAAGAUCUAA